AUGAGCAGUGCAGCAAGCGCUACACAGCGUCUUCAGCCGAAACGUCAAACACUCGACGAGGCUUACGCUCCACCGGCGAAUUUUCUCGAAAUCGAAGUUGUGAAUCCAAUUACGCACGGAGUUGGAAAAAUGCGCUAUACGGAUUAUGAGAUCAGGUUGAGGUCUAAUUUGCCGGUUUUCAAGCAAAAGGAAUCGAGCGUGCGACGCCGAUAUAGCGACUUUGAUUGGCUUCGUGGGGAGCUGGAAAGGGAUAGCAAAAUUGUCGUUCCUCCUUUGCCUUCGAAGUCGUUGAAAAGACAACUACCGUUUCGUUCCGACGAUGGAAUUUUCGAAGAGGAGUUCAUAGAAAAUCGUCGCAAAGGACUUGAAAUUUUCAUCAACAAGGUAGCCGGACAUCCCUUAGCCCAAAACGAGCGCUCGCUGCAUAUUUUCCUUCAGGAGCCGAUGAUCGAUAGGAAUUACGUACCUGGCAAAAUCAGACCAACAUGA